UUGGCUAGGCACUACGUCUGUGUACAUUGCGGUCUUGGAUUUCCCACUUCCUACAAGCUCACUUGCCACAUAGCCCUUCAGCAUGGUAUCCAGCGCGACGACCGCUGCCCGCACUGUCGUUUACUUUUCUCCUCUCCGGCCCGGAUGCACAAGCAUGUACGUAGAGUUCAUCUAGGACAGAGGCCAUACACAUGUGCCAUCUGCAAGGCAAAGGCUACUGAGUCGGUGGCAGCUGCGGCGGCGGCAGCAGCAUCUGCUGCUAGCCAGAGCCAGACACAGUCAGAGGGCAUCAAUGAAGCAAGCAUCGAAACAAAUCCCGAUGCGGCAACAGAGGAAACUGUUUCAGUUUGCAAGCCCUCUACUUCAUCUGCAGCCAAUUCCUCAUCCUCAUCUUCUUCUUCAUCAUCAUCAUCAUCAUCAUCAUCAUCAUCAUCAUCAUCAUCAUCAUCACCUUCCUCCUCUCGAUCACUUGUUCUGUCCUCCACUUCCUACUCACCUUCUUCUUCUCCUUCUCCCCAAGCGACCACUUCUAUAAUCGCAGCCGGGCCUUACCCUCCAGUACCGGUGUUUGCCAACAGGGAUGCCAUGCUAGAGCAUAUCGCGCGUGUGCACCACGCCGACCGUCCAUACGCCUGCUCCGCGUGUGGUCAACGGUUUAAGCGUAAGGAUAGUCUUCAGCAGCAUCAGAUGCGUGGCCACAAUCAUUAUGGAGGACCGUUGCGUCGGUUACCAAGACGGCGGAUGCUAACCAUAGUUACUCCUGCACAUUUGCCUACUUCCUCAUCGUCUUUGCUGAAAACAUCUGAAAGAGGGCCAUCGUCGCCAGAACUUCUAGACAGCCGUCAACAAGAAGCAUCUGGAGUCAAAAAGGUCGUCGAUUUAUCGAAACAGGGGACUACGUUGAUCAGUCCACAAGAUUUCUCCGGAGAAAUUGAUGGCAAGGUUUUGGGCAUUGCCGACAUAAGCAAAGCAAUAUAA